AUGGAUGAUAAAAUUAGCAUAUCCUCCAACAGGGAAGUUAAGUUCCCAAAAUUGGAGGGAUGCUUAACGGAUACUUAUUUGGAGAGACUUGACGAUUAUUUCUCUCAAACAAUUUUAUCCGACUCAGUAAAAAUUGAUACAUUGAUGAGUAAUUUAUCUGAUGACCUAUACGAUAAAAUUAAGUCAUUAUGUACUAAGGAAGAUAUCAAAGAUUAUAAAAUUAUUAUUAAAAAAUUAAAAUUUUUAUUACCCAGUCAAGAUGUUUGGAUAUUGACUGGGAAGUUAAACCUUGCUUCACAAGGUGUUAAGGAAUUUUGGAUUGACGAAAUGAUUGAAAUAGGAAGAAAAUUAGAUAGUAUUAUCAUUAAAUUAGAAAGUGACAAUGUUAAUUAUGUUUUUAGUAGAUAUAAAAAAUUUAAUAAAAAUAAUGACAGCAAUAGAAAUAAUGAUAAGAAUUUAGAUAUCCAAAGUAAGAAUGAGAUUAAUAGUAACUAUAAUAGACCUAAUUAUUAUUCGAGGCAAAAUUUUGACUGUAGGAAUAGAAAUUAUGGUGAUAACAGUUUUAGUAAUGUUAACGACAACAGGAAUAGGAAUUUUAGUAACGUUAGAAACAAUAACAAUUAUAAUAAUAACAACUAUAAAAAUAAUCAGUAUAAUGAUAAUAAUUAUCAAAAUUACAAUUAUCGGUAUAUAGCAACAGAAACUUUCAAUAAUAAUUAUCAAUCUUAUAACAACAACUAUGGUAGGAACAACGCCUGGUUUAAUUAUAAUCAGAGGAGACAGAUUCAAUGUGACGAUCAAAAUAAUAAUUACCGAUCUUAUAACAACAAUUUAAAUAAUUAUGAAGGAAACAACAGGUGCCAUAAUAAUGAUAACCAAAUAAAUCGAAUAUGA